AUGCUGGGGUGGUGUGAGUGUUACGGCUCAUGCGAUGAUGACAGUUUGUAUGAGGAUUUUCCGGUGGAAAAAAAGCCUUUUUCUCUUCCUUCACCCCUUCCUCAGUGGCCACAAGGUCAAGGUUUUGCCACAGGGAAGAUACGCCUAGGAGAAAUAGAAGUCAUUAAAAUCACCAAGUUCUCUGAAAUAUGGAGCUGUGUGCCGCUGCGAGGAAAGGAGAGAGGUGUCACUUUUUAUAAACCUGUGGAAAUUCCAGACGGAUAUUUCUGCCUUGGUCACUAUAGUCAACAAAAUGAUGCACAGUUGAGAGGUUACGUCCUUGUGGCCAAAGACAUAUCCACCACUAAGCAUCGAGGUGAUCAAGUACAGGGAUCUACUUCAGACUCUCCGGCCCUCAUAAAGCCUCUUAGUUACAGCUUAGUAUGGAGUGCCAAUUCUCGUAUUAAUGGACAAGGUUAUAUUUGGCUCCCUAAUGCACCAGCAGGUUAUAAACCUAUGGGUUUUGCUGUUACUAUUGAAUCUGAUGAGCCUGAUCUUGAAGAAGACGAAUUUCAAAUUUGGAAUACAAGACCGUGCAAAAGGGGAAUGUUCUGUAAAGGUGUUCCUGUUGGGACAUUCUUCUGCAGUAGAAACAAGAGUUCUAAAGAUGAAUUGAACAUCGCAUGUUUGAAGAACCUUGACUCGUCCCUCCAUGCAAUGCCGAAUCUUGAUCAAGUCCAUGCACUCAUUAAGCACUACGGACCUACCCUUUUUUUCCAUCCAGAUGAAGUUUACUUGCCCUCGUCUGUUUCAUGGUUCUUUGAAAACGGAGCACUUCUGUACAAAGAGGGAAGAGAUAAAGGAGUAGACAUUGACUCUAAAGGCUUAAAUUUGCCUGGUGGUGGAUGGAAUGAUGGAAAAUUCUGGCUUGAUUUACCAGACGAGAAUGAAAAUAGUGAUUAUCUCAAGUGUGGUAACAUUGAAAGCGCAGAGUUAUAUGUUCACAUAAAACCGGCUUUAGGUGGAAGUUUCACCGACAUUGCCAUGUGGAUCUUUUGCCCAUUCAACGGUCCAGCUACACUUAAAGCUGGGAUACUGAAUUUUUCUUUUAACAGACUAGGUCAGCAUGUUGGCGAUUGGGAGCAUUUUACUCUCCGCUUGAGCAACUUCACCGGAGAACUUUGGAGUGCAUAUUUUUCAGAACACAGUGGGGGUGAAUGGCUGGAUGCAAGUGAGUUGGAGUUCAUCGAGGGAAAUAAGCCGAUUGUAUAUUCAUCAAAAAGUGGCCAUGCAAGUUUCCCACAUCCGGGGUGCUAUAUUCAGGGCUCUACGAAACUUAGAAUAGGAGUGAGGAAUGAUUGUGCUAAAAGCAAGUAUUUCAUGGACUCUAGCACCAAGUACCAAAUUAUUGCGGCUGAGUACCUUGGAGACGGAAAUUUUACAGAACCACAUUGGUUACAAUAUAUGCGGGAAUGGGGUCCAACGAUUGUUUACGAUUCACGAUCUGAACUGGAGAAGAUACUCAAACACCUUCCAUUUUUCAUUAGGUUUUCAGUGGAAAAUCUCGUUGAAAUUUUCCCGACUGAACUAUGUGGUGAGGAGGGGCCAACUGGACCAAAGGAGAAGGACAAUUGGGUUGGAGACGAAAGGCAGAAGUGGAGAUCAAGUUCAUUAUGGACUAGUCCUGGGGGUGUAAGAGUAUGUGCGUGUGUAUAUGUUAUUUCAUUAUAG